GCGCUCCCUCAGGCAGGCCAGCCCAGGCCCGCCCCCGCCACGAUUUUCUGUUGUUGUCGGUCUCUGUCUGUCUAAAAUCCAUACACGCUGCCGUGGUCUAGCAAGAGUUCUCUUUGAGUCGUCUUGAGGUUUCAUCAUUAGGCGGACCUGCCGGACUUUUUACCAGAAAAAGAACCAGCAGUUCAGUGUUAAAAAGAGCAUUUUCGCUGCAUAAAGCACACUCAGUAAAGGACAUGGAAAAUACUUUACAGCUGGUGAGAAACGUGGUACCUUCUCUAACCACCAAGAAGCACAAAGGGCAGGAUGGAAGGAUCGGUGUGGUGGGAGGCUGCCGGGAGUACACUGGAGCCCCCUAUUUUGCAGCAAUCUCAGCUCUCAAAGUGGGCGCGGACCUGUCCCACGUGUUCUGCACCCAGGAGGCCGCGCCCGUGAUCAAGUCCUACAGCCCGGAGCUGAUCGUGCACCCUGUCCUAGACAGCCCUGAUGCUGUCCGCGAUGUGGAGCAGUGGCUGCCCCGACUGCACGCCCUGGUGGUGGGGCCUGGCCUCGGCAGAGACGACGCUCUUCUGGAGAACGUCAAGGGCAUUCUAGAAGCGUCCAAGGCCAGGGGCGUCCCCGUGGUCAUCGACGCAGACGGGCUCUGGCUCAUCGCCCAGCAGCCGGCGCUCAUCCAGGGCUACCGGAAGGCGGUCCUCACCCCCAACCACGUGGAGUUUGGCAGACUGUCCGAGGCUGUGCUGGGGGCGCCCCUGGAUGGUGGAGACCGUCAUGGAGCUGUGCUGAGACUCAGCCAGGCCCUGGGCAACGUCACCGUGGUGCAAAAGGGGGAGCAGGACGUGAUCUCUGACGGCGAGCAGGUGCUUGUGUGCCGCCAGGAGGGCAGUGGCCGCAGGUGCGGGGGUCAGGGGGACCUCCUGUCUGGCUCCCUGGGAGUCCUGGCGCACUGGGCCCUCCGCGCGGGCCCUGGGAAGACUGGCGGGUAAGUCCCAUCUCAUCCCUCCUGUUUGAGCAGCUCAUGCGUAUAGUAAGGAGCAGACUGGAAUGUUCCCGGAGAAACACCGGUGUCACGGGGAGGGCUCCCAGGGCCGGCCAGGUUGAUUCCUGAUGCUGGUCUGGCUGCAGGAAGCGGCCCCAUCCCCCUGGUGGAUGGCCUCCGGGGCACCGAUGGUCCUCCCUGCUCCCAUCCCUGCUGGAGGGAGACGCUGCCUGGGGCUCUGUGGUGCCUGCUCUCAGAACAGCUGUCGUGGGGGGGACACGGGGGUCAGGGCAGCUCCUGUUGGCAGAUGUCUCCACGAGGCGGCCGGGCUCUGAGCUGCGGGGCCCUCCCCACACGGUGUAGAGGGAGCUGGGGCACCCCCACCCCUUGGGACCUAGACCUCUGCUCUCUGCACCCAUCCUGGCCACAGUGACAGCGCCAGCCUGCAGGGUCACUGCACACCCGCGGGGUGUGUGCAGACAGCGUGCUGGCAGGUCCAGUGACAUGGUUAGCAGGUGUCCCUGGGGGGUCUCAGUGACAUAGUGAGCAGGUGUCCCGGGGGGGUCUCAGUGACAUAGUGAGCAGGUGUCCCACGGGGUCUCAGUGAUGUAGUGAGGUGUCCCUGACCUCAGCAUCCUCCAGGUCCUAGAACAUGGCUGGCCAGGUGCUGUAUGUGGUCACCUGGGGCAAUGGCCAUGUCAACCCUUCCACACGCACAGCUGUUUCUGAUGCUUGUCCGUCGGGAUCGUCCACAUCCCGGUUACUGGAUGUGUUCACUGUAGGGAGGCUGUCUCAGAGGCCCUUAGAUUCGAGCUUGCCAGUGUGGGUCCCGGGGCGGCAGGCAGGACGCACGGGGUGCGGGGCCGCCCCUGAGACCUCUCCCCACAGGCCCAGCCCGCUGCUUGUGGCCGCCUUCGGCGCCUGCGCCCUCACCCGGCAAUGCAGCCAGCAGGCCUUCCAGAAGCACGGACGCGCCACCACCACCUCCGACAUGGUCGCCGAGGUCGGGCCCGCAUUCCGCAGGCUCUUUGAGGCCUGAGCCGGAGCCGCUGGAGGGUGGGUGCCGUCCAGCCAGGUCCCCCGAAAGGUCUGCGCUCUGCAGGUUGACACAACGCCAGUUUGAAGCAUAGCACUUUCUGCCGAAACUGAUACGGAACGGUGUUGGUGAACUUUCCUCAGCCUCUCUGCAGCGUCAGAAAAGAACACAGAGAAUAACGUGACGAGACAGUCUGACGGUGCCUCAGCCGGACUGUGGGCUCCGCGCUCCACUGCUGCCUGGAGCGGACCCUGUGUCUGAGCGUCAUGUUCCUGCGAGAAGGGCCCUCGUGACUGGGCCUCUCGGGGGUCCCGUCUCUCAUUCCCAAGUGUGUGUGAAUCAUGUUUUCUAAGUUGAGGUCCCGCAGAGGCUGUGGUGUUCAUUCUUUAGCUCAUUUUUACAUUUUAAAUGGUAAUUAGGUCAGACACAUCUGGGCAGAAAUAUUCAGCAUCAGUUGGUUAAUUGGCUGAAGUGUUCCGGAAAAGUCAGCGGUCUGUCAGCACUGGAGAUCCUGUAGGCCCCUGGGAAACCACCGAACGCAAUGAUGCACCCCGGCCCGAGUGUGCAGGGCGACUCUGGGACACCUCACUUUCACGUGUCCGUGCAAAGGCAUGCAUGGUGACGGGCCCCUGUGGGGAGGGGCGCCCAGGGCUCCCAGGUCAGGUCCCAGGUUGGGGGGGGGGGUGUCGUGUUCUCAGGAAUGUUCUGAACACGUCGUCUCUGCGCUGUUUUCUCACCGGCUUCGGGUCAGCCUGUGUGGUCCGCGCUCAGUGGCCCGUCCUGUUUCUCCGGGGGGGUCAGUCACAGCAUGUGCCCUUGAGUGCAUCAGCCACGCGCUUCUGUGGGGCAGGCCUGACUUGUGUCCAUCUGUCCUCAGCGAUCCCUGCUCUGUGGUUGCACAAAAGAUCCCGCUUUCUUUGAACAGCUUGGACUUCAGAUUUUUUUAAGGUUGUGGAUCACUUACAUCUAAUCAUAGAAGAGCCUCACUACUGUCACAGACCUUUCUUCCUUAGGGGAAUUACACCUAAAUCAUGGUCGUUAUUAAAAGGCAGACGUGGUUGAUUUCA